AUGGCGGCUCUUCGCGGAAGCCAAGGCCGUGGACGGCUACACCGGUCGCUCGACGCCUUGGCCACCUCGGCGCUGCUUCUUUUUUCCACAACGGCAGCCGCCUACAAUCUCGAUACGUCGUCGACAGACUCGAUCAAGAGCGUGGCCAACUCCAUGGCCGAAGACAUGCUCUCAUUCUACGAUGGCAAUAAGCCUGGCGGCACGCCCGGCUUGCUUCCCCAACCAUACUACUGGUGGGAAGCUGGCGCCAUGUUGGGCUCGCUCAUCGACUACUGGUACUACACCGGCGACACACGGUACAAUGAGCUCAUUACAGAUGGCCUGCUCUUCCAGGUCGGCCCAAACAACGACUACAUGCCGCCCAACCAGACCCUGACCGAGGGAAACGAUGACCAGGGCUUCUGGGGCCUCUCCGUCAUGACCGCCGCCGAGUACAAGUUCCCCGAUCCGCCAAAGGGCAAGCCUGGCUGGCUGGCACUGGCCCAGGCCGUGUUCAAUACCCAGGCCGCCCGCUGGGAGGACGCCGACUGUGCCGGCGGCCUGCGCUGGCAGAUCUUCAACUGGAACAACGGCUAUGACUACAAGAACUCCAUCUCCCAGGCCUGCUUCUUCAACCUCGCCGCCCGCCUUCUUCUUUAUACUGGCAACGCCACCUACGGCGAAUGGGCCGUCAAGACCUACGACUGGAUGAGGCAUAUCAAGUUCAUGGAUGAGCAUUACAACAUUUACGACGGCGCACACAUUGAGUCCGGCUGCACCGACAUCACGCCGUACCAGUGGAGCUACAAUGUGGGAAACUUCCUCCUUGGCUCCGCCGCCAUGUACAACUACAGCGCCCUUCAAAAUGAUUCGAGCAACGAGGCGCUGUGGAAGGAACGCGUCGACGGCUUGCUCAACGGUUCCGCCGUAUUUUUUACGACCAACGACCGGAACAUCAUGACCGAAGUCGCCUGCGAGCCGGUCAACCUGUGCGAUCUCGACCAGCAAUCGUUCAAGGCCUACCUCAGCCGCUGGAUGGCCGCCACGACCAAGUGGGCGCCCUGGACCUCGACAACCAUCAUGCCACUGCUCAAUGCGUCCGCCAUAGCAGCUGCGAAGCAGUGCACUGGCGGUGACAACGGCCAGAUGUGCGGCCUGCGCUGGACCGACAAUGGAAAAUGGGACGGCUCCACGGGCGUGGGCCAGCAGAUGGCCGCCAUGGAGGUCACACUCGCGAACAUGAUUAACAGCGUGACCGACCCGGUGACCAACAGCACGGGCGGUACCUCCGUGGGCGACCCCAACGCCGGUGGCUCCGAUAUUGGACGCACGCAGCCGCAAUCGACGCUGAAGCCCAUCAACACGGGCGACCGUGUCGGCGCGGGCAUCCUGACCGCGCUCGUCUUAGCCGGCAUCGUUGCCGGCGUCAUCUACAUGUUGGUUGACGAAACUGUCGAUGCGACUCCCAAGGAACGCCUCGGCGGCUUCGUCACAGCCGUCAACAAGAAUGGCAAGCGUCUGGCAAAGCGCAACUUUGGCAGCGACCACGGCGAUGGACUCGGCGGCGUCAUGUCUGAAAAGGGCAAGCAGCCGCGCGUGCAAUCGUUCCGCGUACUCGACCGCAGCAAUGGCGACCGGAGUAGUGGUUCGGACAUGGUCGGCGCCGAGGGUUUCUUUGCCGGACGCCAGCACAAUGUGCAGCACACAGGCGAGGUGUCGCACAAUCCGGUCACUGGUCCUGUGGAUCCGGAAAAGGCCGUCGGUUUUGACAGCGGCGGUGCUCCUUCGAACACGCCGGCGCACCACAGCUUCUUUUCGCCCGCCUACUUCCGCAAGCACAACGCUGGCACGAGCGAAAACAAUGCCGGAAACAACGUCGCGCGCCAGGCUCGCCUGUCUCAGCCGGGACGGGCCACGCCGCUCCCGGGAGCAGGUGCUGCUGCACCGGUCGAGACCAAUGCUGAGGCCACAGCCGUUCGAUUCCAGCCCACCCGCAAUAAGAAGCGCAACUACAUCAAGCGGAAGCUGCUGCAAUCCAAUCAAUGA